UAACUCAAAAAAAUCAGAUGACGAGGUUAAGUUAUGGAGAGAAACAUUGAAUGGGACAAGUUAUAUCAGUGCAUUAUGUAGACCAGAUUUGGCUGGUAUACCAAGAUACUUCCAUCUAGAUCAUGCGGAAAUUCCAUUAUCCCCUCACCAGUCACGCUUGAAAUCUCUUAUUCGUUUACUUUUAAACUUAAGAAAUAUAAUGAUCGUGAAUAGGAGUCUUAUAAUGCUGGCAUUAGAACAAGCCACCUCUCAUCCGCCCCAAAAUGUUAAUCCAAGUCCUACCGUUUCCACGCCCACAUAUAAUAAACAAUUAGU